CUGGUUUGUUAUAAUCGAGCAGAUUAUGUUCACGGGACUCAGAGUUUAAGGCUCCUCUCUCAUAGAGCAACUCUGCACAGCCCAAGCAGACCAACUUUGGGACUUUGAAUGAACAUAUUUACAUCCACCUUUCUCUUCAUGUCGACUUUUCUGGAAACAUUCAUACGGAUGCCAUGGUUACUCCUACCACGAUCUUACAGGUGAACAAGGUGAUGUUCAUCUUGUUUUAUGUGAUAUUUCUUGCUUAUCUUCGUGGCAUCCAAUCAACCAACAUGGAUCAAAGGAGUUUGCCAGAAGAUUCAAUAAAUUCUCUCAUCAUUAAACUCAUUCAGGCAGACAUUUUGAAAAACAAGCUUUCAAAGCAGAUGAUAGAUAUUAAGGAAAACCAUCAUAACAUAAUGCAGAAAGCAGAGGCUCAGCAGGACAUGGAUGGAGUUGAAAAUGUGAAAUCAGACUUCCAGCCAGUUAUCCCAGUGGAUACAGACCUCUUAAAGCAGCAAAGACGCUACAAUUCUCCCCGGGUCCUCUUGAGUGACAACACGCCAUUGGAGCCCCCGCCAUUGUAUCUCAUGGAGGAUUAUAUUGGAAGUUCGGUGGUCGUGAACAGAACCUCCCGGAGGAAAAGGUAUGCGGAGCACAAGAGCCACCGAGGGGAAUAUUCUGUUUGUGACAGUGAGAGCUUGUGGGUCACGGACAAAUCCUCCGCUAUCGACAUUAGAGGACACCAGGUAACUGUGCUGGGAGAAAUUAAAACAGGCAAUUCUCCAGUUAAACAAUACUUUUAUGAAACAAGGUGUAAAGAAGCCAAGCCUGUAAAAAAUGGCUGCCGAGGCAUCGAUGAUAAGCACUGGAACUCCCAAUGCAAGACAUCCCAAACUUAUGUUAGAGCACUGACUUCAGAGAACAAUAAACUCGUAGGCUGGAGAUGGAUCAGAAUAGACACCUCCUGCGUGUGUGCAUUGUCAAGAAAAAUAGGAAGAACAUAAAUCUGCAUCUCUUUGCUAUAUAAAUUAUUACUUUAAAUUAUGAUAUGCAUGUAGCAUAUAAAUGUUUAUAUUGUUUUAUAUAUUAUAAGUUGACCUUAUUUAUUAAACUUCAGCAAAUCUACAGUAUAUAAGCUUUCUCUCUCAAUAAAUAAGAAUAAAGGGUGUGUGCCUCUGCUGUGGGCAGCUCCAGUUUUAUUAGACUAUGUUUGUGACACUGCUUGUCGGCAGCAUACCAUAACCAUACUGUAAAAUCUGUGUAAAAUCAGUAUUUUUUUUCAGUAUUGUCAAACCAGUGACUGUCAUUUAGUAAACUUGUUAAAAAUCA